UCUAUGGCAUUUAAUUCUUCAAAUCACUCCAAAUGCCACGACAUUGUUGUCGUGGAGUCUGGACAGCCCAUCACCUCUGCGGUCAUGUUCUCGGCCGGGGUCGUGGGAAACAUCGUGGCGCUGGUCCUGCUGGAGGUCCGGCGCAGGAUAACCAGUCCGUCCCUGUACCGGGUUCUGGUGACAGCGCUCCUCAUGACGGACCUGCUGGGCUCCAUCUCCGUCAGUCCUCUGGUAAUUACAGCUUAUGCUGGGAGGAAGACUUUGGUGGGGAUGAGUGCAGGAGGAGAGGUGUGCUCGUACUUUGGGUUCAGCAUGACCUUCCUGAGCCUUUCCACGCUGACCUUCCUGUGCGUACUGGCUAUGGAGCGCUACAUCUCCAUAGGUCACCCUUACUUUUACGAGAGGCACAUGCUCAAGCGCGGGGGUUACACCACUAUUGCUCUGGUCUACACGGGCAGCAUACUUUUCUGCGUCUUUCCCUUUCUGGGUUUUGGUAAAUACGUGCAGUACUGCCCGGGGACCUGGUGCUUCCUGGAGAUGAGCCACGGGGAUGGAAAAGAUAGCAUUUACCUUGGAUUUUACGCAUCUUUCAUCCUCAUCGUCACCUCCAGCACGGUGCUGUGUAACAUAUCUGUCAUUUUCCACUUGGUGGUGAUGUACAGGAGGCACAAAGCGCGUCGCAGCGGGGUGUCUGCGCACCCCCGGUACCGCAGGUCACUGUCCAUGUCGGAGGAAGUGGAGCAUCUCCUGCCGCUGACUAUUAUCACUGCGGUCUUCAUCUGCUGCACCUUCCCCUUAGUGCUCAGAGUGUACAUAAAUAUCACAGGCUUCCAUGAAGAGCACCAUGCAGCUGACCUCUACGCUCUCCGUUUUCUGUCGUUCCACUCCAUCAUCAACCCUUGGGUCUUCAUCAUUCUCCGCCCCUCCACUCUGAAAAUCAUCUGGAGGAAGUUGGGUAAACCGAAACCUCAGAAGUCCACAUUCCCUUAG